AAAAACCCGAUUUAAAUCCCAAUUCAAAAGCUCCGUUUGCAAGGCUUUUCGCUCACAAAACCUCCGAUGGACGGCGGGGAACCAGAAACGCAAACCCCAGUCUACCUAUACGAAACCCUAACUCCUCUCUCUCUCGGAACAGAACCCACCACUCCCAAUGUUCAAUCCCCGGUGUCUGAUGAUGCCUUGGAGCCCUACAGCGUAUUCCGCAAUGAGAUAUCACUGUAUACGCUCGACAGUGCUGUGGACGUGGAUCCAUCGGCGCCUGAUUUCUUCUCUCUCAAUGUUGGAGAGCCAGAGCCUGAGCCGGUGACGCCGGCUAGUGCACCAGCUGAGCCGGUAACGCCUGUUAGAGGAAUUGAGCCUAGACUCGAGAGUUCAUGGUGGUUUGGAGGGAAUAGCAGGUUUAAGAGCCCUAUGCUUCAGCUACAUAAAGAAAUAGUGGAUUUUUGUGAUUUUCUGUCUCCAACUCCUGAAGAACAAGCUUCCCGCAGCAUGGCAGUAGAAUGUGUCUAUGAUGUUAUUAAAUAUAUCUGGCCCAACUGCAGGGUGGAAGUUUUUGGGUCAUUCAAAACUGGCCUGUAUCUUCCUACUAGUGAUAUUGAUGUUGUGAUUCUGGGGUCAGGUAUCAGAAACCCACAACCUGGUUUGCAGGCUCUCUCUAGGGCUUUGUCACAAAGGGAAAUUGCAAAAAAGAUACAGGUGAUUGCAAGGGCUCGUGUGCCCAUCGUCAAAUUUGUAGAAAAGAAGAGUGGUGUUGCAUUUGAUGUAAGUUUUGAUGUGCAAAAUGGACCCGUAGCUGCUGAUUUUAUCAAGGAUGCAGUAUCCAAGUGGCCUCCAUUACGACCACUGUGUUUGAUUUUGAAAGUAUUCUUGCAGCAGAGAGAACUUAAUGAGGUAUAUUCUGGUGGGAUAGGAUCUUAUGCCCUUCUUGCCAUGCUGAUAGCAAUGUUGCAGUGUCUCCGUGAAUCCCAUCCUGUUCCAGAACACAACUUGGGAGUUCUUCUGGUGCACUUUUUUUAUUUCUAUGGACGCCAAUUGAACACGGCGGAUGUUGGCAUAUCUUGCAAUGGAGCAGGAAUCUUCUUUCCAAAGAGCAGCAGAGGGUUUAUGAAUAAAGGGCGGCCCUCUCUGAUCUCCAUUGAGGACCCACAGGCACCAGAGAAUGACAUUGGGAAGAACUCUUUUAACUAUUUCCAGAUACGAUCAGCUUUUGCUAUGGCAUUUUCAACCUUGACAAAUCCGAAGACCAUAUUAAGUCUAGGCCCUUACAGAAGCAUUCUUGGUACCAUAAUUAGACCAGACCCAGUUUUGGUGGAGCGCAGAGGAGGAUCCAUGGGAGAAAUGACUUUUGAUAGCUUGCUGCCUGGAGCCGGGGAGCCAUUACAGUUACACAAUGAAGAUAAGCAGGAAAUUCUUUGCAACUGGCAGUAUGAGGAUGAAGAAGAACCACUUCCACGUGGAGACAGUAUCGUUGGAGACUUUAGUGCUCCUUCCUCAGAGAAGAAAAGGAAGUCUUCCUCUCGAGACAAGUCUGGAAAGAAAAAGAUAAAACAGAAAGCCGGACAUGAAGAAAGCAGCAGUUCAAGAAGAGAGAAGGGUACAAAGAAGAAACAUUGGAGGCAUAACAAAGAUGGUGUUGAUCAUCGUAGUAGUCAUUAUGCUCGAUCUCCGCAAAGUUGGUGAAAAUACAGGUCUGCUCAAUGGUGGUUGAUGACCGCGCUCAACCGUGCUUGGUGCUUGAUCACCAUGAGUUUUGGGUUGUAUUUAUCUCGAAAAUUUUGAAAGAGUAAGCUUCAUUCGUUCAAAUUGCAGAUGAAAUGGAAGGAAAUCCCUGUCACAAACAAA